AUGCUGUUUUCCUCCCUCGGUCUCCUCGCUGCGGCAAGCGGUCUUUUCUCCGUCACGUCAGCGCACACCAUCCAGAUGAAGGCGCACCAGCGCGAAUGCUUCCACGAGCAGCUGCACAAGGACGACAGGAUGACAGUCACCUUCCAGGUUGGCGACCGGGAGUUUGGCGGCAGCGGAAACUUGGAGAUUGAUUUCUGGAUCGAGACACCCUCUCGCAGCUACCAGGUCCACGAGCGCGGCGUGUCCUCUGGGGACCAUUCAUUCGAUGCAACGGAAGAUGGCAAAUACACGUACUGCUUCAACAACGAGCACUGGGGUGCCAACACAAAGGAGGUCUCUUUCAACGUACACGGAAUUGUCUACGUCCCCGAGUCGGAGGCGCCGCAGGAUCCUCUCGAGAAGGAAGUGCGUCAACUGUCAGAGCUCAUUUCGCAGGUCAAGGAUGAGCAGGGCUACAUUGUCCUCCGCGAGAGGACACACAGGAAUACUGCCGAGAGCACCAAUGCACGAGUCAAGUGGUGGAGCAUCUUCCAGAUCCUCGUACUCAGCCUCAACGGUGGAUUCCAGGUCUGGUGGCUGAAGAGAUUCUUCGAGGUCAAGCGCGUUGUGUAA